AUGGUUGUGGUGCCCGCUCUGGGCGCCGCAGCCGCCUCUGUGGGCGGUCUGCUCUUUAAGGCCAGUGCCGCAUCCAAGGCGGCAGCCACUGCCGGUGUAGCUGCCGUCGGUGCGUCCAAGCUGGGUCUGGCCAUUGCGGGCGCCAUCAAGCUGACCACCACAGUCAUUGGCGUGGGCAAGCUCACUAUUUUGCCCUUCCUGAUCGCAGCCAUUGCCUACUAUAAUUACGAUCUGUUCGAUCCAGAGAAUCGGCCGUUUAAUGUGAAACAGGUUGACUUGGCCUAUGACUUCAUUGUGAUUGGCGGCGGUUCUGCGGGCACGGUGCUUGCAUCCCGUCUCUCCGAGAUACCACACUGGAAGGUGCUUUUGCUCGAGGCUGGCGGUCAUGAGACGGAAAUAUCAGAUGUGCCGUUACUCUCGCUCUAUUUGCACAAAAGCAAAAUGGACUGGAAGUACCGCACCCAACCACAGGCAACCGCAUGUCAGGCGAUGAAGGAUAAACGCUGUUGUUGGACUCGCGGUAAAGUCUUGGGUGGCAGUUCGGUGUUGAAUACGAUGUUGUAUAUACGGGGGAAUCGGCGCGACUUCGACCAGUGGGCGUCAUUUGGCAAUCCGGGCUGGUCAUUUGAGGAGGUGCUGCCCUACUUUCGCAAGUCAGAGGAUCAGCGCAAUCCGUAUUUGGCGCGCAAUAAACGCUACCAUGGCACAGGUGGUCUAUGGACUGUGCAGGACUCGCCUUAUAAUACACCCAUUGGACCGGCAUUUCUGCAGGCCGGCGAGGAAAUGGGCUACGACAUUGUGGAUGUGAACGGUCCACAGCAGACGGGCUUCGGCUUCUACCAAUUCAACAUGAGACGUGGCUCUCGCAGCUCUACGGCCAAGUCGUUUCUACGACCGGCGCGCCUACGUCCCAACCUGCAUGUUGCGCUUUUCGCGCAUGUUACAAAGGUGCUUACGGAUCCACGAACCAAACGUGCCACCGGCGUUCAAUUCAUCCGGGACGGGCGCUUACAGAAUGUCUAUGCCACACGUGAAGUUGUGAUGGCCGCCGGCGCUCUUGCCACCCCACAGUUAAUGAUGCUCUCGGGCGUGGGGCCAGCUGAUGAGCUGGCCCGUGUGGGCAUUCCAGUGGUGCAGCAUGCGCCGGGCGUGGGUCAGAAUCUGCAGGAUCAUAUUGCGGUCGGUGGCAUUGCCUUCCUGAUCGACUAUCCCAUAUCGAUUGUGAUGAAGCGUAUGGUGAACAUCAAUUCGGCGCUGCGGUACGCCAUUACUGAAGAUGGCCCGCUCACGUCCAGCAUUGGACUGGAGGCGGUGGCCUUCAUAAACACUAAGUACGCGAAUUACAGUGAUGAUUGGCCCGACAUGAACUUCAUGAUGACCUCGGCUUCGGUUAUGUCAGACGGCGGGACGCAGGUGAAGACGGCUCACGGACUCAGCGAUGAUUUCUACCAGGAAGUAUUUGCCGAGGUGAACAAUAGAGAUGUAUUUGGCAUCUUUCCCAUGAUACUGCGCCCCAAAAGCCGAGGCUACAUCAAGUUGGCCUCGAAAAAUCCGCUGCGCUAUCCGCUGCUCUACCACAACUACCUCACUCAUCCGGACGAUGUGAACGUGCUGCGGGAAGGUGUCAAGGCCGCGGUGGCCAUGGGCGAAACACAGGCUAUGAAGCGGUUCGGCGCGCGCUUCUGGAACAAGCCAUUGCCCAAUUGCAAGCACCUGCCCCUGUACACCGACGAAUAUUGGAACUGCUUUAUACGGCAAUAUACGAUGACCAUCUACCACAUGUCCGGCACGGCGAAGAUGGGCCCGCCAUCUGAUCCGUGGGCGGUUGUAGACCCAGAACUAAGGGUCUACGGCAUUCCCGGACUGCGCAUCAUCGACGCCAGCAUCAUGCCGACGAUCACGAAUGGCAACAUCCAUGCGCCCGUCGUGAUGAUCGCCGAGAAGGGCGCCGAUCUCAUUAAGCAGCUGUGGCUUACACCGAGCAUAGGGCCGCAGGCGCAGCCUUCGCAGCAGUGGCGCAGCAAACGUGCGCUUAUCAAUGAGACGGAUAACGCGAGGAUGCCGGUGCAACAGUGGCCGCUGCCGGUGUCGUUCUCGUAGCAGCAACCAACGUUGGGGGUCCCGCCCAACGACUUGUCCAGGGAAUCGCUUAGUUGGGUAGCGUUUAGUUAGAAAAUUAUUGUGUGCUUUUGUUCCGGCAAACAAAUUUAAUUUAUUAAGCUCAUGUUCGCUUGCUCCACACUUACGGCUCCGGCUGCGACUCUGCCCCAGCUGCCCGUAUUAACCCCAUAGGUUUGGUUACCUCAUGUUCCCAGUGUUUGGUCUCCCCACCCCCGGACGCGUCGUUCUUAGUCACUAAGCGCUUCAUGUAAAUAUCCAGUCAUUUAUGCUAAUGUGUUUGUGUUUUGAAUUUUUUUUCUUCGCCGCGUACAUUUCAGUACCUCAAUUAGCUGUUAGUAAUCGAUUUUAAGUUGGAUGCGAAACAAAAGCAGUGUAAACAU